AUGAGUCUUCCGCGCCGGAGUGGGAAGCGGCGGCGUUCCGCAUCGGACUCAGACUCGUUCCCCGGGAGCGGCGGUGACCGCGGCGUCAGUCCGCAGCGCCCAGCCGGGCUGGUGCUGAGUCCGCCCCCGGGCCUGGGGCGCAGCCCGGCGGCCGCAGGUGCAGGCGUAUGCAAACACCUAGCUCCGGAUGACCAAAUAGACAAGCUGUUAUUGGCAAAUUGGGGGCUUCCUGAAGCAGUUCUGCAGAAAUAUUACAGUUUUGGUGUAAGAAAGAUGUUUGAAUGGCAGGCAGAAUGCCUUUUGCUUGGACAGGUCUUGGAAGGAAAGAAUUUAGUUUAUUCAGCACCUACAAGUGCUGGGAAGACCCUUGUUGCAGAAUUACUUAUUUUGAAGCGUGUUUUGGAGAUGCGGAAGAAAGCUUUGUUUAUUCUUCCCUUUGUUUCUGUGGCUAAAGAGAAGAAAUACUAUCUCCAGAGUCUGUUUCAAGAAGUAGGAAUAAAAGUAGAUGGCUAUAUGGGCAGUACCUCUCCAAAAAGUCACUUCUCUUCCUUGGACGUUGCUGUCUGCACAAUUGAGAGAGCCAAUGGUCUGAUCAAUCGCCUCAUAGAGGAGAAUAAGAUGGAUCUGUUGGGAAUGGUGGUUGUGGAUGAGCUACAUAUGUUGGGAGACUCUCACCGAGGGUAUCUGCUGGAACUUUUACUCACCAAGAUUUGCUAUCUUACUCAGAAAUCAGCAUCUCGCCCAGAAGAUUUAGCCAGUCCUCUCACUGUGCAGGUUGUUGGCAUGAGUGCCACUCUUCCUAAUUUGAAGCUUGUGGCUUCCUGGUUGAACGCUGAACUCUACCAUACUGACUUUCGUCCUGUACCACUUUUGGAGUCAAUAAAAAUUGGAAAUUCCAUUUAUGACUCUUCAAUGAAGCUUCUAAGGGAAUUUAAACCUAUGCUACAAGUGAAGGGAGAUGAAGAUCAUGUUGUUAGUUUAUGUUAUGAGACUGUUUGUGAGAACCAUUCAGUAUUACUUUUUUGUCCAUCAAAAAAAUGGUGCGAGAAGCUGGCGGAUAUCAUUGCUCGAGAGUUCUACAAUCUACACCAUCAAGCCAAGGGACUGACAAACCCAUCUGAAUUUAUACCACCAAUUCUGGAAUCAAAGAGCCUCCAGGAAGUAGUAGAUCAACUGAAACGGUCACCUUCAGGACUGGAUGCAGUGUUACAAAAAACUGUACCGUGGGGAGUAGCAUUUCAUCAUGCAGGUCUUACUUUUGAGGAGCGGGAUAUCAUUGAAGGAGCCUUCCGCCAAGGUCAUAUUCGGGUUCUGGCAGCAACUUCUACUCUUUCUUCUGGGGUGAAUUUGCCUGCUCGUCGUGUGAUUAUUCGGACUCCUAUUUUCAGUGGUCGCCCUCUCAACAUUCUUACUUACAAGCAGAUGGUUGGUCGUGCUGGCAGGAAAGGAGUAGACACAAUGGGUGAGAGUAUCUUAAUUUGUAAGAAUUCUGAGAAAUCAAAAGGUAUAGCUCUACUUCAGGGAUCCUUAAAACCUGUUUGCAGCUGUCUACAAAGACAAGAUGGAGAAGUAACUGCCAGUAUGAUUCGAGCUGUUUUGGAGAAUCUGUUAAAUGUAUCAGAGCUGAGGUUAAUUAUGAAGUACAGAAAGACCAUGUUUUUAAAAAAAUUUAAUAUUUCCUAUAUAUUUCUUCAUCCCAAACCAGGAAAUGCUUAUCAUGCCACACAUCUUGGUACAGCUACUCUUUCUUCUUCACUUUCUCCAACUGAUACCUUAGAUAUUUUUGCUGACCUUCAAAGAGCGAUGAAGGGCUUUGUUUUAGAAAAUGAUCUUCAUAUUGUCUACCUGGUUACACCUGUGUUUGAAGAUUGGAUGAAUAUUGAUUGGUAUCGAUUUUUUUGUUUGUGGGAGAAGUUGCCAACUUCUAUGAAAAAGGUAGCAGAGCUGGUGGGAGUUGAAGAAGGGUUCUUGGCUCGCUGUGUGAAAGGAAAAGUAGUAGCCAGAACUGAGAGACAGCACCGACAAAUGGCCGUGCACAAAAGGUUUUUCACCAGUCUUGUGCUGUUAGAUUUAAUCAGUGAAGUUUCCCUAAAGGAAAUUGUUCAGAAAUAUGGAUGCAAUCGUGGACAGAUCCAAUCUCUGCAGCAGUCAGCUGCUGUUUACGCAGGAAUGAUUACAGUGUUUUCCAACCGUCUGGGCUGGCACAACAUGGAACUGUUACUUUCCCAGUUUCAGAAGCGCCUUACUUUUGGCAUCCAGCGGGAGCUAUGUGACCUGGUCCGAGUGUCCUUACUUAAUGCACAGCGAGCCAGGUUCCUGUACUCUUCUGGCUUCCUUACUGUGGCAGAUCUUGCAAGGGCAAAUGCUGCUGAGGUGGAGGUGGUUCUGAAAAGAGCUGUGCCUUUCAAAAGUGCCCGAAAGGCAGUGGAUGAGGAAGAGGAAGCGGUUGAAGAACGUCGGAAUAUGGGAACAAUUUGGGUGUCUGGAAGAAAAGGUUUAACUCCAAGAGAAGCAGCAGUCUUGAUAGUGGAAGAAGCCAAAAUGAUUCUGCAGCAGGACUUAGUUGAAAUGGGGGUGCAGUGGGAUCCUUCUUCCUCAUUAAUUGCUGGUACAGCCAGGAGUGAGUCAGAGGAAAAAGAACUAACAUUUGUACUCCAGACUACAGAUAGUCACAAACAGUUAAUACCAAAGAACAAAAGUACUACAAGAUUUAGUGACACUAACAUUAAUAAUUUGCCAAAUAUAGUAAAAAAUUUAGAUAAAAGCAGAGCACAUACAAGUUCCUUUCACUGUGCAACCCAGAAUAGAAAUCAGGAACCUAGGAAAGAUUGCAUUUUCAGAGGAAGAAAAUGGGCUUCUUUGGGCAUAAAAAAAGAGAAGUCCAGAAACUUUCUGAAUCAGGGAAAAAAGAGCAUUACAAAGGUUGGUCAGACCUCAGUAGAGAAAACGAAAAAAGCAGCUUUGAAUUUCGGUUCAGACAAGAUGAGCUCAAGUUUUUCACAUUGGAAACAUAGAAAGCAACAAAAGCAAUCCCAGGACAGUAGUCCUAUGAAAGACUCUGGGAAGAAAGGCUCUAUGUCUAGUCCUGCUCUUGAAAACCCAUUUAAGUUUGAUGAAAAGAAUGUGGAAUUUAGAAGCCCAGAGCCCUUUGUCAAAAAUGUAUCUUGUACUGAGGGAAAAAACAACAGAUCAUCCUUUCUUUUACAAAAAGAGCAACACUGUUUAAGGAAUAGAAUGAUAACUAAUGAUUCUGCUGUGGAGCAUUUAUUCACAGGAUCCCUGAGAGAAAAUAUGGUUUGUCAGGCCACUACUGUAGCUAGUAAAAAUGGAAGUGGAUUAGCUAUCACUGAGACAGAAAAACUAAAUGAAGUGGCAAUACAAAAUGAUUCAAAAAAACAGACUUUUCCAGUGAAACACCAUAAUACUCAUCCAGCGAACCAGUGGCUGGAAAAACAAUGUGAUAAACAGCCAGAAACUUACACUGCACAGAAAAAAAUAAUAGAGGGAAAAAUGCCCUUUGAGGUAGUCAGUAGCUGUAUGCAUAGAGAUGCAAAUGUUGCUACUAUGAAAUGUGAAAGUGUAAAGUCUAAUAGUAAAGAAAAUAAAUCUGACUAUUCUCAAGCAUUGGGAAAUAAUAAAAGAACUGAGGUACCUAGUGGAAUACUUAAGUCAGAGGGAGUAUUUGGGAAAUCAGGAGGUCAACAGGAAAAUUUUCUGAAUUCUUACAGAAUUCAAGAAAAUACAUCAAACAAAAAUGAAAAUAAUCAUGCUUCCAACUUAGGUUUAGUACUGUGCAAUUUCGAAGAUAGUUUCUGCCUAGAUACUCAGUCAGAGAAAAUAAUUCAACAGAUGGCAACUGAAAACACAAAACAAGGAGCAAAGAGCACAAGAUUGACAGCAACAAAUAUGCAGAAGAGCUCAGACAAACAGAACUCACUGGGUUCUUUUCAGGAGUCUCCCUUCACUUCCAGUGAGCAGCAUCUUCCAGGAGUGACUAGUACAGCUCUUAUAGACCUUAAGACUAUAGUCAGUGAGAAGCAAAGCACCAAACCUGGAAAUGAUAGUCCAACUCCAGAAAGCCCAAUUUUUAGUUCCCCAAUACUGAUAGAGGAGAAUGGCCCUUGUUUUAAAGGAUAUGAAAUUUCUGUUACUGACUCACAAUUAAACAGUUUUCUUCAAGGUUAUCAAACACCUGUGCCUGUGAAGUCAGUUCUACCUGUGGUGCCACCAAAGAGGACUCCCACUGGUAUGGAAGGAGACUGUCUUCCAGGUCCUGAAACAAGUUUGAAUAUGAGUGACAGUUUACUCUUUGACAGUUUCAGCGAAGACUUCCUGGUAAAAGAUAGACAAGUGAAAGUACUCCUUCCUUCUGAAAUAACAUCAAACCUUGUCAGUGAUCCUCUGUGUCUGCAGCAAGGGGAUCCAGCUAAAACAUCAAAUAUGGAUAAAUAUCAAAGUAUUCAGCAGCAGUUAACUUGUCCCAAUAAUGAAUCUAUUAUGUUUUCAGAAAUGGAUUCUGCUCAGAUAGUUGAAGCUAUGGACAAUGUCAAUAUAGUUUCUGUCCAAGAGAAAUGUAAUACUGAAGUAUCUUUUAGAGCAUUAGAGCUAAGUGAUUCAGUGAUUAAAGAUAAUGGUCACCCCCAAGGAGAAGAAAUUGGAGAAGAUCAAGAUGAAAUGGCUCAAAAAUCCAGAUUAGCUGAGACAAGGCAAAAUAAUUCAUUCAUAUGGCCAGGGGCAUCCUUUGAUUUAAGUCCAGGAUUGCAACAGAUUUUAGAUAAAGUUUCCAGUCCUCUAGAAAAUGGAAAACCAAAAUUAAUGACUAUAAAUAUGCCUAAUUUGAAAGGAGAAAGUAUUGAAUUAAAUGAGAAACAGGAAAUGAUUUCAAAUUCAGAGACAUAUCAACUGCAGGGAAUUUCACUUUCCUGUAAUAAUGGAGUAAAAAGCAAGAUUGAUGCCCUGGAGAACAAGGCCAGUCAUGGUGAACUCUCAUCUCUCUUGCCUUGUAAAGAAAACUCUGUCACUGAUGCGAAUGGUCUCAUUCCUCCAACACCCAUUCCAGUGUCUGCUUCUAAGCCAGUCUUUCAAGAGAUUCUUGGAACUUCUGUAAAACUUUGCACAAGUAGUGCUUUACAGCUUGGUAAAGGGUGUUCAUUUGGCUCACCUUCAGAUAUGAAAACCCUUGGCUUAAAUCCAGAGAGUAGGAAUGGUUUCCAAGACGAUAGUCCUAUUAAAGAUGCAAGUUUUUCACUCCAGUUGUCGCAGGAUGCCUUGCAGUUAACUCCAGUCUCAUGCAGUUCAGAAAGUUUGGCUAUAAUUGAUGUAGCAAGUGACAAGUCUCUCUUCCAGACAUUCAUUAAGGAGUGGCAGUGUAAAAAACGGUUUUCCAUCUCCUUGGCCUGUGAAAAGAUACGGAGUUUGACAUCUUCCAAAAUGACUAUUGGUGGAAAGUUUAAACAAGCUAGCUUAUAUCAGGAAAGCCCAGCUGGAGAUGAUAGAUUUUUUGUUCAAGGCUCGGAUGACACACUGGUGGUUGGACUGGCAGUGUGCUGGGGUGGAAGAGAUGCUUAUUAUGUUUCACUGCAGAAGGAGCAGCAGCAUUCUGAAAUUAGUGCUAGUUUGGCCCCACCUCCUCUGGAUCCAACCCUGACUGUGAGAGAAAGGAUGAGACACCUUCAAUCCUGCUUGCAAAAGGAAUCUGAUAAAGACCGUUCUGUUAUCAUCUAUGAUUUCAUCCAGAGCUACAAAAUUCUUCUUCAGUCCUGUGGCAUCUCCGUAGAGCAAAGUUAUGAAGACCCUAAGAUGGCAUGCUGGUUAUUAGAUCCAGAUUCCAUGGAACCAACUCUGCACAGUAUAGUCACCAGUUACUUUCCACAUGAUCUUCUGCUCCUAGAAGGCCUGGAGACUGGACCCGGCAUUCAAAGCCUGGGCCUGAAUGUGAGCACCGAGCAUUCAGGGCGGUACAAAGCAUCUGUAGAGUCCAUUCUAGUCUUCAACUGUAUGAACCAUCUCAAGUCUUUGUUGCAGAAGGAAAACCUUCAAGAUAUUUUCUACAAAGUGGAGAUGCCAUCUCAGUACUGCUUGGCCUUACUAGAACUAAAUGGAAUUGGCUUUAGUACUGCAGAGUGUGAAAGCCAGAAGCACAUCAUGCAAGCCAAGCUGGAUGCAGUUGAGAAGCAGGCCUAUCAACUCGCUGGUCACAGUUUUUCCUUUACCAGUUCAGAUGACAUUGCAGAGGUUUUGUUUUUGGAAUUGAAGUUGCCACCAGAUGGGAAAAUCCAAAGCAGCAAGAAAACCUUGGGUUCUACCAGAAGAGGGAAUGACCACGCAUACAGGCAGAGAUUGGGGAAACGAUUCAGCACCAGCAAGGAUAUUCUGUUUUCAAGGCUUUCCCGCUAUUCACCAUAUACACAUCUGUCUGGUGGUUUAAUACUGGCUGCUGAUUACUCUCAGCUUGAACUAAGGGUCUUGGCUCAUUUGUCUCGUGAUCGUCGUCUCAUUCAAGUAUUAAAUGCCGGAUCUGAUGUUUUCAAGAGCAUUGCCGCAGAAUGGAAGAUGAUUGAGCCCGAGUCUGUGGAGGAUGAUCUGAGGCAACAGGCAAAGCAGAUUUGCUAUGGAAUCAUUUAUGGAAUGGGAGCUAAAUCUUUAGGGGAGCAGAUGGGCAUUAAAGAAGACGAUGCUGCUCGCUACAUUGACUCCUUCAAGUCUAGAUACACAGGAAUUAGUCGUUUCCUGAGAGAGACAGUGAAGAACUGUGAAAGAGAUGGGUUUGUGCAGACCAUUCUGGGAAGGCGUAGAUAUCUGCCAGGAAUCAAAGACAACAACUUUUAUCGUAAAGCUCAUGCUGAACGUCAGGCCAUCAACACAACGGUGCAAGGAUCUGCAGCUGAUAUAGUCAAAAUAGCCACAGUUAACAUUCAGAAGCAACUGGAGACCUUCCACUCAGCCUUCAAAUCCCACGGUCACAGGGAGACUGUGCUCCAAAGAGAAAGAACAGGAGUAUUACCAAAGAGAAAUCUGCAAGGGCUGUUCUGCCCAAUCAGAGGAGGCUUCUUCAUCCUUCAACUCCAUGAUGAACUUCUAUAUGAAGUAGCAGAAGAGGAUGUUGUGCAGGUAGCUCAGAUUGUCAAGAAUGAAAUGGAAAGUGCCAUGAAACUUUCUGUGAAGCUGACAGUGAAAGUGAAAAUAGGCGCCAGCUGGGGAGAGCUGAAGGACUUUGAUGUCUAAUCUGCAGCCAACUGGUCUCCUGAGAAGCUUGGUGCAGAUAUAGCCAGCAGGAAAGGACAGAAACUGCCCUUUCUCCUGC